UUCCGGUGCUGCAUGUAAACAAAGCGGGGUGAGAAGCCGCCGCACCGAUGGGUCAAAAUAAACGAGUCUGGCCCGAAAUAAAGUUUUACCAGGGAUAAAAACCGAUCACGGUUCGGCUAGUCCCAACGGAUCCGGAUUUAAGACCACGUGUGAUGGAGCUGCGCCCCAACUAAACCGGAAAGAUGUCCAUGGAAGACCCGUUCUUCGUCGUUAAAGGGGAAGUUCUCAAGGCAGUGAAUGCAGCACAGAGCCUCCAUCAUAGAUGGAGGGAACUGCUGCAAGAGGGGGGCGGAGCCUCCAAGGAGGAAAUGGACUGGACAACCAAUGAGCUGAGAAAUAGUCUUCGCUCCAUCGAGUGGGACCUGGAGGACCUGGACGAGACAAUCAGCAUCGUAGAGUCCAACCCAAAGAAGUUUAACCUGGACACUGCAGAGCUGAUGAAGAGGAAAGCCUUCAUCAGCAGUACCAGACAGACCGUCAAGGAAAUGAAGGAACAAAUGUCAAGUCCCACUGCUGCCUCAGACAGGAAGAACAAACAGGUUCUGCUCGGUGAACGUGGUGCUCAGGGUCCAAUCUGGCAGCCUGGGCCUGAUAAAUUCAGCCGACUGGACCGGCAACUGCAAACCGCUAACUCCCAGUUUAUAGACGAGCAGCAGGGGCAGCAGCAGCUUAUUGCAGAGCAGCAGGAUGAACACCUGGAGCUUGUGUCAGGAACAAUCGGAGUCCUAAAGAACAUGUCAGAGAGGAUCGGCAUGGAGUUAGAUGAACAAUCUGUGAUGUUGGAUGACUUCACUCACGAGGUGGACAACUCUCAGACCAGACUGGACAAUGUCAUGAAGAAACUUGCAAAAGUGUCUCACAUGACCAGUGACCGUCGGCAAUGGUGUGCUAUCGGCGUGUUGCUCGCCAUCCUCUUUGUGGUCCUUCUCCUCUUCUUCAUCCUCUGAUUGAUGACUUCCCCAAUCAGCACACAUCUCAUAGUAUUGCUGUGUCUACUGGAUUUACUGAACUUUACUAGACUCUACUAAACUCUACCAGACUACACUGGACUCUGCUAGUCUUAAAUGGACUUUACCAUACUUAAGUGGACUCACUGACGGACUUUUCUGUGUCCAGGGCUCUGCAGUACUGUCAGACUGAAAAGGCACUUUUGUUUAUUUUGAGUGUUUGUUAAAUCAUGGCAGAGCUCAAAGGUCAAACCAAGUGGAUAAAAUUUGAUGUGUUUUAUUGUUUGAAAAUAAUGUUUGUGUUUGUGUAGAUUUUUAAUUUCAAGGGCUGAAAGUAACCUAUUACACUCCAGUUUGAGUCCAGUUAAAAUACAACUAAACUCCCAUGAAUCAGCAGUUUAACUGUAUUAAAUGCAAACCUAACUCUAACUAAAUUCAAAUUUAACUCAGAUUUAAUUACAACUAAACUGUAGUUAAACGCCACUUUAACGCCGUUACCUCCAACCUAAUAACAGUCUAAUUAUUGUGUGACUGAUUUUAAAUUGUUAGACUUUUUAGUUUUUAUCUCUUCACUGUAAGGUAACUACUAACUCCAGAUAAAUUCCAGCUUAACUUCACUAAGACAUUACUUUGACCUGUUGAACUAGUUUAUUCCCAUCCUUAACUAGGAUCACCUUUUUAACCAGUUCAGUGACUCCAAUCAGUUUAACCACUUUAACAAGUUCAAUUAUUGUAACCAGUUAAACCAGCUAAACUGGUUAAUGUAUAUCUAAUGUGUGUGCAUCCUCAGUUAACUUUAGAUCUAAUCCACUCUGGUUGUUUAGUGUGAUGUUGGAGUUUGUGCUAAGAAUAAUCUAAAACACUAUUUGAAAAAACACUAAGACUUCCUGUUUACAGUUUUAUUUAAGUGACUGAAUUCUUUAAUGUUUUAUUUUUUAUGUUGUGUCCUCUAACGGUUCGUUUAUUGAUCCUUGGAUUUCCUACUGUUAACUAUUGAAACCUCAGACUUCCUCUUGCUGCUUCACAGUAAAAGCCUUUCUUCACUAAACUCCAUGGAGGCUCUUAUUGUGAUGCUCCAGCAGGAAAUCAGGUGGCAGAUGAGCUGGGGACAAAGCCGCCAAUCACGUCAUCCCACCAUCUGUGGUACGUCCGCUAGUAAUGAAAUGAUGAAUAAAUGAUUUCCUGUUUUUGACUGAAAAAUUAAGUCCCAGAGUUCAGAGCCCUGAUUAGCACGGAAAUCGUAUAAUACAGAAGGUUAAAAACACACUUGUUACACACCUGUCUACGUUUUUGAACUCCCUCUAGUGGUUGAAAACCUGUUUCAUCAAAUGUUUUACGACGAUCUUUGUUUUUAAUCCAUACUUCAAUUUGAGUUUUUUCUUUUCCUGACUGCAGGUUUGUGGUUUAUGUUUAAAUAUCAAUCAAUCAAUCUCUAUUUAUACAUCACUAAAUCACAGAAAAAUGUUAUCUAAAGAGUCUUUACAAACAGAGCAGGUCCAGACCAUACUCUGUAAUAUUAUUAACAAGGACCUAACAUCAAGACAGGGUAAGAUCCCAUCCCAUCUUACAGGCGGGAUUCAGUCUUAUCUCAUCUUAAUCCACUAUGAGCAGAGCACUUUGCAGCAUUUAGCUAGUUACAGUGAGACAUAUCCUGAGAUCAUGUUGAUUUAAAAUAAAACUAUGACACAGUUAACAAUUCUUGUUAUUAUUAUAACAAAGCAAUCAUGGACCCCUGAAAUGAUAAUUUUGUUAAUGGUAUUAAUUAGAAUAUCAUCUCAGUAAUGUGUUGCCUUGUCAUGAAUCAAACCAUCAGAACAGACUAAUGACUGAAGUUAAAAUACGUUAUUGAUCGAUGAAUGAGUUAAGUUUGUGUCUUUAUGAUCUUUUUUCUUCUUCUUCUGUUGAAUGUCUGAAUCUAAAUUUGUUUUGGGUUCAGAAACAAAUAAAGGCUGACUGUUGCUAAAGGCA